AUGAUUUAUUCCUUCUUUUUCUUCUUCUUUCUUUCUCCUCCUUCUUCUAUGAUUUAUUUCUUUUUUCUCUUCUUUCUUUCUUUCUUUCUUUCUUUCUCUUCCUUCUUUCUUUCUUUCUCCUCCUUCUUCUAUGAUUUAUUUCUUCUUCUUCUCUUUCUUCUUUCUUUCUUUCUUUCUUUCUUUCUUUCUCCUCCUUCUUCUAUGAUUUAUUUCUUCUUCUUCUCUUUCUUCUUCUCUUUCUUUCUUUCUUUCUUUCUUUCUUUCUCCCCCUUCUUCUAUGAUUUAUUUCAUCUUUUUCUUUUAUUUCUCCUUCCCCUUCUCUUUUCCUAUUAUUUUAUCUUCUUUCUUAUUUGUUAUCCCUAUUAUUUCCGUUGUCUCUUCUUCUUCUUCUUCUUCUUCUUCUUCUUUGUUUUUCUCUCUUUUUCUUCUUUGCCUUAUUCAUUCAACAUUUUUUUUACAUUUUUCCUCCUUUCUUUUCCCCUUUCCAUUAUUUCUCUGUCCUUAAUGUUUAUUAUUCAUUUCCUGCUAAACAUUCCUACACGUUCUUUCUUUCUUUCUUUCUUUCUUUCUUUCUUUCUUUCUUUCUUUCUUUCUUUCUUUCUUUCCCCCUCGCACUAUUACCCUCCUUACUCUCAGCAUCUCCUCCUCUUCCCUCUCUCCCCGCAACCAUUAUUAUUGAAGGAGAAACAAGUGUGGGUCCUGAACUAA